CACCAUCGCGACCAUCUCACCGUUGCCUGCGUACCUCAAUGCUACCAACAUGGCCGCGGGCACGGACAUGCCCGACACCGACGCCGUCAGAGAGGAGACGCUCAUGUAUGGCGGGGAAGAAGAGCUGGACACCAAGUAUCCCAAUCGGCCCAGCAACCUGCACAAAACCCUUCCUUUCCAUUCACUCUUCAAUGAGCUCUUUGACCCGCUUCUUGACUCUCAGAAGAAGAAUAGGCCAGCGGGCCCGCGUCGGAGGGCGGGACCAUCGGGUCAGUCCAACAUGACGCCACAUGAAGCUCGUCGCAACAUCAUUGAGCGCUUCAUCGCGAAAUGGCGCAAAGAAGUCGGCAACGACUUCUAUCCUGCUAUGCGGCUCAUCAUUCCAGAAAAGGAUCGGGAUCGUGCCAUGUACGGGCUGAAAGAAAAGGCCAUUGCGAAGAUUCUGAUCAAAAUCACAAAGAUUAACAAGGAUUCCGAUGAUGCCAAACAGAUGGUCAAUUGGAAACUGCCGGGUCAGCUCAACAAGGCUUCCGCCUCAACAGCUGGUGACUUUGCCGGCCGUUGCUAUGAAGUCUUGUCGAAGCGGCCUAUACGAUCAGAAGUCGGCGACAUGAGCAUCGCCGAAGUCAACAAUACACUGGAUCAACUUUCGCAAGUAGGCGCGGAAGAGCAGCAGGUCAAGAUUUUCCAAAGAUUCUACCGGCGGAUGAAUCCCGAAGAGCUUACCUGGUUGAUCCGGAUCAUCCUGCGUCAGAUGAAGAUUGGAGCGACCGAGAAAACAAUACUCGAUAUCUGGCAUCCAGAUGCAGAGGCUCUCUUCAACAUUUCGUCGAACCUUCGGCGCGUAUGCUGGGAGCUCUAUGACCCCAAAGUCCGUCUGGACGGUGAGGACACCGGCAUUACCCUGAUGCAAUGCUUCCAACCCCAACUAGCCGCCUUCCAACCCAAAGUUGCAUCGUUCGACAAGAUUGUGUCCAAGUUGGGGCAAACACCUGAUGACGACUCCUUCUGGAUCGAAGAAAAGCUGGAUGGUGAGCGGAUGCAACUACACAUGAUAGAGGAUCCUGGGGCCCCGGGUGGGAAGCUAUUUGGGUUCUGGUCACGCAAAGCUAAGGAUUAUGCCUACCUCUACGGCAAGCACUUCCAGGGAGAUGAGGCCGGCGCUCUCACCCGUUUCAUUAAGGACGCUUUCACAAAGAACGUAAGAAACAUCAUCCUGGACGGCGAAAUGAUCACGUGGGACAUGGAACUCGAUCACAUUGUCGGUUUCGGCACGCUAAAGACUGCGGCUAUCUCGGAAAAGGAAAACGUCACUGGGACCAAUACCGGGCAGCGCCCACUUUUCAGAGUCUUCGACUGUCUCUACCUAAACGACAAGCUUCUCACGCCCUAUACGCUCCGCGACCGCCGUAAGGCCCUACAAAGCGCAGUGAAAGGAGUGCACCGGCGCCUUGAAAUUCAUCCUUACAUCGAGGCCCACUCUCCCACUGAGAUCGAACCGGAACUCCGCAAAGUCGUAGCCGAGGCAUCGGAAGGACUAGUGCUGAAGAACCCGCGCUCAAUGUAUCGGCUCAACGAGCGUAACGACGAUUGGGUAAAGGUCAAACCAGAGUACAUGUCCGAGUUUGGAGAGUCCCUGGACUGCGUGGUCGUCGGCGGCUACUUUGGAUCAGGACAUCGUGGUGGCGCGCAUUCCUCCUUCCUCUGUGGCUUGCUCGUGAACAAAAAAGCGAAAGAAGGCGAUCCGGAUUAUGAGAAGUGCCUCUCAUUCUUCAAAGUCGGCGGCGGCUUCAGCCGCGAAGACUACGCCGCCAUCCGAGGCCGAACCGAAGGGAAAUGGAGAGACUGGGAUGCUCGCCGACCACCUGCCAUUAUCGAGCUCGGCGGCCACGAGCAGAACCGGCAACAUGAACGUCCGGAUCAAUGGAUACACCCCAGCGACUCGGUAGUUCUAGAGUGCAAAGCCGCUAGCGUCGAAGCCAGUGACAAGUUUAGAAUGUUGCUGACGCUCCGCUUCCCACGCUUCAAGCUACUCCGUACAGACAAGAGAUGGGACCAAGCGCUCUCGACCGACGAAUUCUUGGACCUCAAGGCCACAGCGGAACGCGAGCAUGAUGAGAAAGAAAAGGAGUUCAAGAUCGAGCAGUCGCGCCGCAAGAAAGCCCGAACAACCAAGAAGCCGCUCGUUGUAGCCGGAAAUGACACGGUAUCUACGCCUUACGCUGGCCCAGCAUCCAAAAUCUUUGAUGGAUUAAGCUUCUACGUAAUGACCGACCAGCUCCAUCCAACUAAGAAAUCUAAAGCCGAUCUGGAAGCCCUCGUCAAAGCGCAUGGCGGCAAGGUUGUGCAGCGCGAUUCCGCAGACAAGAACCUCGUCGUCGUGGCCGACAAGCGGCUCGUCAAAGUCUCAUCCCUCGAAAAGCGCGAAACAAACAACAUCGUCAAGCCAAUCUGGAUCGAAGACUGCAUACGCCAAAACGAAGUCGACGUCGGCGCCCUGCCUUACCUCCUCCCUUUCGAAGCGAACCGACAUAUCUUCUACCUACUCGAUGCGGACCAGAUGUCUUACGAAGCGAACGUCGACGAGAAUGGAGACUCGUACGCACGCGACAUCGCUGACGUCGAUGAGAUGCGGCAAACCCUCGGCAGCAUGCCGAAGAAGUUCGAUCGCCACUUCGACAGUCAAAGCUUCGUUGAGCAGUUGGAGGAUCACGGUAAUUCGCUCACCCACUUGAAGAACUACAUGUUCGGCAAUAUGAAAGUCGCAUUUGCGGAGAGUGAGGACAAGGGGUGGGAGUUGGAGUCGCAGCUAGCGAAGAAUUAUGUGAGAUUUGGAGGUGGGACUGUGGCUGAGAACGAGGAGGAGGCGGGCGUUACGCAUGUCGUUGUUCCUGAGAGCGAGAAGGGAGCGCGGAGGAGAGAGGUUUCAGUGGGGGUGAUUUUCUGGGUGUUCUGAGGUCACUGAGAUGGAAGCUGCUUCUGCAUCCGCACGAUGUUUACGAUGUUAUGACUCCAUGGACCGUCUACGCUUAUCGGGCAUUGAAGAGAUG